UAUUUUAUUUUUCGUAAACCUAUUCCUUCGACACCUCUCCGCGACUCUGCCCUCAUCGCGCCGCCCCCGCGACGCCUCGAUCGUCGACGCCGCCGUCUCGACGAGCCAUUGCCCUCCUUUCGUGUGGGGCUAGGUCGGCAACACCGACGUCGCCGGACGCUGUGGAAGCGCCGGUUUCCCCUUGUAAUUUCCGCCUGCGCCGCACCACCUCCACCCGACGCCGCCUCGUUGCCACUGCCAGCGGUUGCCGUGUCGGAUAGGAGGCUACUGUCGGUUGUUGUGGACCCUCUCCCGAGACCUGGGACACGGCUGAAGCGCCGAUCUGCAGUCAUCUCAAGUUGACAGACCUCGGGCAGCAGUCCCUAUUGCUGCUGCCUCUGCAGGCCGCCGGGAGCGACUGCCGGAGAAGAAGAAACCCAAGGGUUUGGGCUCGAGAUAGAGCCUCGGAUUUGAAGACUACUAGGAAGUCCUACAUUUGAGAGAUGGAGGAAGACGGGUCUCCGCAGACCUUCAAAACUCUUGGUUUGAAGGAAGAGUUGGUGGAAGCUUGUGAGAUUUUGGGGUGGAAAGCCCCUACAAAGAUCCAAAUUGAGGCAAUUCCCUUUGCUCUUGAAGGCAAAGAUAUUAUUGGAUUGGCACAAACAGGGUCUGGCAAGACAGGAGCUUUUGCAUUGCCAAUUCUUCAAGCUUUAUUGGACACUCCACAAAGAUUGUUUGCUUGUGUACUUUCCCCUACUAGGGAAUUGGCAAUUCAGAUUUCUGAACAAUUUGAAGCUUUAGGAUCUGGCAUUGGAGUAAAAUGCACUGUGUUAGUGGGAGGUGUUGACAUGACACAACAAGCAAUUUCUCUUGGAAAGCGCCCACAUAUUGUGGUGGGCACACCGGGGCGUCUCUUGGAUCAUUUAACCAAUACAAAAGGUUUUAGCCUUCGCACAAUAAAGUAUUUGGUCCUUGAUGAGGCUGAUAGGUUACUCAACUUGGAAUUUGAGAAAGCUAUUGAUGAUAUCUUGAAGGUUAUUCCUUCUGAAAGGAAUACAUUUUUAUUUUCAGCUACAAUGACCAAAAAGGUCAGUAAACUUCAACGAGCUUGUUUAAGGCAUCCUGUGAAGAUAGAAGCUGAUACUAAAUAUUCCACGGUGGAUACCCUUAAUCAACAGUAUUGCUUUAUUCCUGCAAAGCAUAAGGAUUGUUAUCUUGUCUACAUUCUUAAUGAGAAGCAGAAUUGUACAACAAUGGUAUUCACUCGAACCUGUGAAUCAACCCGGCUUCUGUCCCUACUUCUUCGAAAUAUAGGGAUGCGAGCAAUUCCUAUUAGUGGUCAAAUGAGCCAGGACAAGAGGUUGGGGGCUCUAAACAGAUUCAAAGCGGGUGACUGUAACAUCCUGAUAUGCACAGAUGUGGCUAGCAGGGGCCUGGAUAUUCCUUCAGUUGAUAUGGUUAUCAAUUAUAAUAUACCAACAAAUUCUAAGGACUAUGUUCAUCGUGUGGGCAGAACUGCACGUGCUGGGCGUUCUGGAAUGGCCAUAUCAUUAGUAAACCAGUAUGAAGUGGCAUGGUAUAUGCAGAUAGAGCAGCUUAUUGGCAAAAAGCUACCAAAGUACCCAGCUGAGGAAGCUGAAGUUCUUGUGUUCUUUGAACGUACUUCAGAUGCCAAGAGGAUUGCUCUUGCGAAAAUUAAGGAAAGUAAUGGCAAUAAGAAGAGAAAGAAAGGAGGAGAUGAUGAUGAUGAUGAAGCCGAGGAAUUUGCUGUCAAUACCAAGAAAGCAUUCAAGAAAUCAAAGAGACGAUGAUGAAGCAGAUCCUGUCACGUGGACUAUCUUCUUACUGUUUAGUGACUAGCAUAUACUUGUUGAAUUACAUCAACUGAAGAUGAAAAAAGUUUCUGUAUGCAUUUGAAGGGGAAUUCAUUCUAUUUAUCAGAGUUUGCUAAAUUGCAGUGUAGGUUUUCAUGUUUAAAUGAUUUGCAGGUCCUAGCUUAUGUACACGGGACACUGCCUUUACUUAUUAUUUGUUGGUCUUUUUUGAUAUGUUAUUGUAAGGCAAUUCUGACUCUGUUUUUUUCUUGCCACAACGAAACUAAAAUGUUAAAAUCGUGAGAGUGCAAGUUGAUUGGUUAGAAAAUGCUAUCUUUCAUGGUCAGAACAUAUUUGGCACCCACAAAAAUUGUAGACAUUUAAGCUGUCUGAGUGAUGUUGCCACUUGUGCAUUGGUUUC